UGGCUUCCGAGGACAAUGCUUUAGCACAUGUCUAGGCAGCAUGUCAUGUCAAUUUAGCGCUGGGACCUUGCUUGCACCUGGUUGUCUCAUCCGCGAUGACCAGCGUCUCCAUCCAACGAAAGAAUUUGCUACCCGUUCGGUUGAUUACAUGUGCUCUAGUAAGAGCAGAAUCCCUUGUCGCUUGUUGGAAUCCUUGGCCCCAGCGGAGGUAAUACGCAGUACGAAUGGGACUUUGCCAGAAUGUUCCUGAACUGUUGACAUCAGCUCGAAGGACCAUUCGAGGCAGGUGCAUAUUGCUCCACUCUGCUGCACCGGCACCCUUGUACCUCAACUUAAACAUGCAGAAGUCCCUCGAUGCCGAGCUUCGAAUACUUGACAGACAACCUAGAAUACUCGCCACUCGAAGGAAACCUUGUUUCUCACAACGAAAUGCCUCCUUCAAGGACAGGAGGCUUCUCAGACAACGGUGGUGUUUCCAGAAGACGAACCUCUCACGCCUGUGAUCGCUGUAGGGUAAAGAAGGCGAAGUGUGAUGGACGUUCAAGAUGCACCAAAUGCGUCGAAGCUGACAGCAAGUGCACAUACGAAAUGCGAAGAGGACGCGAGACUAGAGGCCAGCGCGUGAUAUUGCACCCUCAACCGUGUAUAUUUGCUGACGGGAGUCUGUUGCCAGAGCACUACGCAUGCUGGAAAUUAUGGAUGAAGCGUUGCAACGGCUGUACUGGGCGUGCCGAGCAAAACAAUGCCUCCCCGAACUGCUCCAGAACCGCUCCAACGGACGAAUAAACACCAAAGACAUCGUGGAAGGGCUGGGCCUGGACAGCUCAGGUUUCUCUGAUGCUGCUUUUUCCAGCAACGCAAGACCGCCGCCAUCAGUUACAGCGUCGCCAUCAGUCAGCUUCACGGAUCUACAGCAACUUUCACAGGGAGAGACAACGACCUCUUUCGUGAACGCGGAAGAGACCUUGCAACCACUGCAAGACUUUGACUUUGACAUUUCCGGUGGGGACUUCGAGCAAUUUCAGUCAGCCAGCACGGUGACGCCACCACAAUCAGCAACACCGUCGACUGGGAUGUUUGAAGGCCAGGAAGCCUCGACUUACCUGACGAAUUCACCUUCUUUUCAGCAUCAGCAGAAUUGCCAACUGCACUUGCUUUGUCGCAUGAACCGACUCCAGCGCCGAGCAGUUUCCUUUCACAACUUUAAUACGGAUGAAAGCACAAGGCUGCGGCACACCUCACUCAUCAAUCAGGUCUGCUGUGAGCCCAGCGAAAUUGAAACAGCUGGGCUUAUCGGCAACGCACCUGGACCAUUCGAUUUUACCUCAACUGGGGUGGACUCUAGCAUGUGUUACGACUAUGCCUUUCCUAUGCCCAGCCUAACGGUACCCAGGUGACAAGACGGUCGUUAUUGUGCCAGCAAAGAUUUCUACAGCCCCGAUUCUGAGCGCACAUCCUCCCGGCACCAAGUGCGGCAGCGAACGAAGACCGUGAAGUUGGCUAUCGGCCGAUGGGGUUGUUUGAAGGGCAUUUCGGACAUUUUAUCCUCGGAUGUCAGUUCCUCGGAAGUUUGUUCCGCUGAUAUUGAUAUCCGGACAACUCCAAUCUUGGUGACACGGUGUGCGGUGUGCGUACCUCUUUGACCGCCCCAGAUGCUAAUCCAUUCGUGGAGGAUCCGGCACGGCGGAUCGCAAUUCUAGCCGUCGUCACGCUGGGCGAUCAGCAGAGCAGACGUGGCAGAAUCAAGAAGAGGCGGAGGCUACCUAAUAAUGUAUAAGAGAAGACUGGGCUUCUGGGCUGCCACAACCCGUUGGCAGAUGGCCGUUCGGAGCAUUGCUGACUCAGAGAGCCCGGAGCACGUGCGUCAGUAUUCAGGAGUUGGGUGGGAAUGUUUCUGAUGUGGUGGAAUGUAUGAUGUACGCUUCUUCAGGCAGGCUGCGAGCGGUAUUGAAGUUGCUAUCUGGGAUGGAAACCUCACCUCUCGAGAAGCAAUAGCCAACGUUUGAUGAACCGAUCACGAUGGUUCACAACAGGAAUUCGCUGUGUCAAAUGGUAUCUCAGUUGUUCCUGUCUAAUGAUACAUAUCAUUUCUUGUGCAGCCGUCGAUGAUCGGCCCAGCACAGUUUGCAGAGUGUGUGUGAUCUUGGUUGAACCUUGAAUUGAAAAGCUCGUAGGUUACACUGAUGUGAUGUUUCCCUCUUCGUCCGUCACUGACUCGACGUCCAUCUGUGUAUGCCUAUGAUGUUGUGAGGACUAAGAACCGCCAGUGGCAGAACCUCCCUUCCGACCGGCCUCUCUAGCCUUCUCGC